AUGUCUCUUUCACGCUUCAUCACCCCUCUCUCUUGCACUUCAUCAACCUCAGAUUCUUCUAGGAUUACGGCGACCGUAAAGAAGAAUAUGAAUACUACUACAGCUUUGUGUUUGGAAGAGAGUAAAGAAAAAAUCAAGAGCAUGUUCAAUAAGGUUGAACUUUCAAUUUCUUCAUAUGAUACUGCUUUUGUGGCAAUGAUUCCUUCUUCAACGGCGCCGCACACACCCUUUUUCCCUCAGUGCUUGAACUGGUUGCUGGAUAAUCAACUCGUGGAUGGGUCUUGGGGUCUUGUGGAUCGCCAUCCAUUGUUGAUGAAUGAUGCUCUCUUGUCUACCUUAGCUUGUAUCCUUGCGUUAAAGCAAUGGGGUAUUGGUGAAGAUAAGAUGAAUAAGGGACUUCAUUUUAUUGAAUCAAACUUUACUUCAAUCAAUGAUGACAAGCAACAUCAUCCCAUAGGAUUUGAUAUACUUUUUCCUUCUUUGGUUGAAUAUGCACAAACUUUGGGCAUUAAUCUUCCAAUUCCACCCACAAGCUUGGAAGCAAUGAUCCAAAAGAGAGACACAGAGCUUCAAAGAGGCUCUGAAAGCAAUUCAGAAGGGUGGAGAGCAUAUCUAGCAUAUGUGUCAGAAGGAAUGUUGAAGUCACCGGACAUGAAUACAAUCAUGAAGUAUCAAAGAAAGAAUGGAUCUUUAUUUAACUCACCAGCUACAACUGCAGCUGUUUUUCAUCGCAUAAAGAAUGCUGACUGUCUUAGUUACCUCCAAUCAGUAUUACAAAAGUUUGGGAAUGCAGUUCCCACGGCUUAUCCUCUGGAUAUAUAUGCCAGUCUUUAUAUGAUCGAUAGUCUUGAAAGGUUGGGUAUUGAUCAUCAUUUCAAAGAGGAAAUUCGACGUCUAUUGGAUGAAACAUACAGAUAUUGGCUACAAGGAGAAGAAACUAUAUUUUUAGACCCCACAACCUGUGCAAUGGCAUUUCGAAUGCUGCGUCUCAAUGGUUAUGAUGUCUCUUCAGAUCCAUUUUAUCAAUAUUCAGAAGAUAAAUUUCCCCAUACCUUGAAAGGGUACUUAAAGGAUGCUAGUGCUGUUUUAGAGCUAUAUAGGGCUUCACAAGUCGUUAUACAUCCGGAAGAAUCAGUUUUAGCAAAACAAAGUUCUUGGACAAGAAAUCUUCUGAAGCAGGAUUCUUCUGGUUACCAGCUGUAUGCUGAUAAACUUCGUAUUUAUGUUGAUAAUGAGGUCAAUGAUGUUCUUAAGUUUCCACAUCAUGCGAAUUUGGAGCGUAUUUUAAACAGGAGAUCGGUGGAGCAUUAUAAUGUAGACGGGACAAGGGUUUUAAAAAUAUCAUACAGAUCCUGCAAUCUUGCAAACCAAGAAAUUCUGAAGCUAGCUGUUGGAGACUUCAAUCUCUGCCAAUCAGUACACAGUGAAGAGUUGAAACAACUUUCAAGGUGGGUUGUUGAAAGCAGACUAGACAAACUAGAAUUUGCAAGGCAGAAACUCGCAUAUUGUUACUUCUCAAGUGCAGCCACUUCUUUUUCCCCCGAACUUUCUGAUGCUCGCAUAUCUUGGGCCAAAAACGGGGUGCUCACAACAGUUGUUGAUGAUUUCUUUGAUGUCGGGAGCUCUAAAGAAGAGCAACUAAACCUUAUUCAGCUAGUUGAGAAGUGGGAUGUAGAUGUCAGUACUGUCUGUUGUUCUGAGGCGGUUAAGAUAAUAUUUUCUGCAGUCCGUAGCACAAUUUGUGAGAUUGGAGAGAAAUCUGUCCAGCGGCAAGGACGUAAUGUGAAAGACAAUGUUAUCAAGAUUUGGUUAGAUUUGAUGAGGUCUAUGUAUAAAGAAGCUGAGUGGUUGAGAACCAAGGCCACCCCAACAAUGGAUGAUUAUAUGCAAAAUGCGUACGUAUCAUUUGCCUUGGGACCAAUUGUUCUUCCAGCACUCUAUCUUGUUGGACCUAAGCUUUCAGAUGAUGUUGCUGAAAAUCAGGAAUUGAAUCAUCUUUUUAAGACCUUGAGCACCUGCGGGCGUCUUCUCAACGAUAUUCAAGGUUUUAAGAGAGAAUCUGAGGAAGGGAAACUGAAUGCGGUGAGUUUGCAUAUGAUUCAUAGUAAUGGAGUUGUUACUUACGAAGACGCCGUUGAUAAGAUGAAGGGUGUUAUUGAGGAUAAGAGAAGAGAACUCCUGAGAUUGGUUUUGAAGGAAAAAGGAAGCUUAGUUCCAAGAGAUUGCAAGGAUUUGUUUUGGAAAAUGAUGAAAGUGUUGAACCUAUUUUACAUUAAGGAUGAUGGAUUUACUUCAAAUGAGAUGCACUCUACUGUAAAUGCAGUGCUUAAAGACCCAAUCAUUCUAACUGAAUUAUGGUAG